AUGAAUGUCACUAGAAUUUUUGAAUAUUCAGAUUUAAUUGUUUCUAUUCGAAAAAGGUUAUCAAGCAGUGCAUUUCCGAUUCUAUUCACUUUAAUAUUUCUAAAUCUGAUAAUUUUUCCUUUUUAUGUUUAUGUGAAUAAAAUGAACUAUCAACGAGAUAAAACGACUCUAUUCUUUCCAAUUACCAAACACUUUUAUGUAAUUGUCAGAACAUCGUUCAUUAUAUUUGCCAGUUGGCUUGUUAUCGUGAUUUCAGCAAUUUUAUUCAGUUCUUAUGACUCGUACUCAACUCCGCCUAAUAAAAUUCCUCCUUAAUCUUAAAAGAUAUAUUUGCUACCACAGAGCGUCGAACCAAUUGUUGAAAAAAAAAAUUUUUUUUGAUCUUCCGAGAAACGAAUAGCCUCUACUGUAAUCUGUUUUUGUGAAAAUAUUCGAAGUAUAUACUCGAUAUUUGUGUUAAAGGAUGCCGUUUGUAUUUUAUGUUUCUUUUUUAAUUUUUUUGGUGAUACAAUUGAGUUUACGGUUAUAUUUUUCAUCUUUAACUUUUUAAUCUUGAUAUCUGCUAUACUUUAUGAUAAUUAUGAUAAGUGUUAGAAGACUAUCUUAUUUAGCCAGUGUUCAGCAGAAUGCACCACAAAAAUACAUUUUCUGGUAAACUACCGCUGUUUUAUUGUUCAAAUCGGUCAGCAUCCCACUAAUUAUUUUCAUGGUCCUCGCAAACAUAUACACCCUCACUGCAUUAAUAUGCAUCAUUUCAUUUUUGGAUAUUUUCGCGACACCUUUAGUUAUUCAGACAUCAUAUUUGGGAUGCAAUAAGCGAAAUAUGACUAUUUUAGUAUCUUCGUUCAAUUUAAAAAAGUUUGUACGGGUAUUAUUAUAUGCUAAGAAGGAGUCAACAAUUCAACCGUUGUUUUGGUUUGAGAAAA